AUGAACCUCAACUUGCCUCCCCAACAGGUGGAGCUCCAAGCAGAGAAAAUGGCAGGGCAAGACUUUCCAGAAUUUAAAGCCAUAUCAUAUAAAACUGAAGUUGUAGCUGGAACAAAUUACUUCAUAAAGGUUAGUCAAAAAAGUUCCACACCUACCCCUUCCCUAAGCCAACAUUAACACUUACUUCUCACUUAGAACAAAAUGUUGGCUCAGGGGAGGGGUAGGUGGGCAGUUUCCCAGGAACGAAUAAUGAUCUCAAUGUACGCCGGAUCUGCAGUCAGUCCCACAUUGUACUUAUUAUGACAUCCACGAAGGAGUGGUGAGUGGGGGUAGGGAAAUGGAAAGCAUUGUGUUUGCCAAUUAUUAUUCAAUUACAUAAUAAUUCCUGUUAGUAUAGGUAAUAGCAUGAUUUGAAGUGUAUUUGCCAUAAAUACCACUGGUGAUAUUUCGAAAUUGUUAUACGUAAUUUCACAAGCCAUUAGGCGAGUGAAAAAUGAGACAGGUUUGAAAUAUCACGAGUGGUAUUUAUGCCAAAUAUCACGUUCAAAUCAAGCCAUUAUUGGUUUAUACUCUACCCGCAAAAGGUUUGUAAUUUUUGCAUGUGGUUAUUUCAAAUUAUCAUAUGCCGAAAUAUCACUGCUCUAAGCAAUCAAAAGCAGAAAUUUCUCCUGUAUUGGUAUAAUAAAGUUAUGUCAAGCGUUGUCUGUUUCCAUAAUCACUUAAUAUUCUCACAACACAGCAUUCCAGUCAAACUGCCGAUGCGGUAUUACUUUCAUAAUUUUUGAAUAAAAAAGGAUAAAUAGUUUAAAAAUGAGGUUUUGUUAAGACAUUGUCGCCCUAACUCAACAACAGCCCCACACUUCGCCGCCAACGUAACGCUUUCGGACGUGAGCAAUGGAUGCAGGGCCACUGUGGAACUUAAUUUUCACCCGAUGUAAGGGAAUCGAGAUUACGGAAUCCGAAAACUUUUUGCUCAUGGAAUCCGGAACACAGCUCAAGGAAUCCGGAAUCCGACUAACCAUCGGAAUCCGGAAUCCAAGUUCCACUGGAAACGUCAGGAAUCUAGUACCUGGAAUCCGGAAUCCACGCGCGGAAUCCAGAAUCCAAGACUGUCUUGGAUUCCCUUACAUGGGGUGGAGAAUUCUUCAGAGAAGGGUACAGCUUAGUUAAAGGGGCUCUGUCACUAAAUUCAGCGAAAGAUAAGGACCUCUCGCUGGUCUCGCACAGAAGGCCGUACGCAUUUCCGUUUUUUUCUGGAAUCGGUGUCAAGUAUUACCCAUCAUCCUCGCUUUCAUGCUCUCUUAUAUAAUUAUCUGUUAGAACGAUUGUGUGUGAUCACAAGCUCCUGAGCUCAACUAAAGGUUUUGAUAUCUUAAACAGAAACUCAAGAGUAAUAUUGGAUCAAAAUUCCACAUUCAAUGAAAAGAUAUAACAUUAAUUUUAUUAGAUCUUUUAUUAGUGUCCCCUGGAUUUCGCUAUCAAGUUGAUUUUUUUUGUAUCGACAUUUCAACAUUUUGAAUACUGAAAGUUCAUAACUGACUCAUACAUUACAUACUGGAUCUACAGUGCAAUCUCGAUUUCUCGAACUCUAGGUGUUUCGAGACCCUGGAUAAUUCGAACUAAACCUAACUUUUUUUACGAGCCACACAGUGUAAUUUUACCCCCGAUUUUUCAAACCUCCCUAUCAUUCGAGCCAAUUUGAUUUGCCAAUGUGGUCCGAUAAAUCGGGCUUCCACUGUAUACCUUACUCGAGGGUGGGUCCUUUAAAUUGUUAAAAUAUUUUACCCACAGGUUUAUGUUGGCGGUUCUUCCUACGUUCAUUUGCGUGUUUUCCAGUCUCUGCCAUUUGAUGGAUUACCUCCUAAAUUAUCUGCUAUCAAGACAGGAAUGACCAAGGACGAUCCCAUCACCUAUUUUGACUAA